AUGGAGGGAAACAGCAAUGUUAAAUUCAAUGCAGAAAAGCAUCUAAAUUUUACAGCGCCAUCAAAGGUAUAUACCAUGAAAGAGCUGGGCUAUAACGAUGACGUUGGGGUGUCCCCUGUUGGCGUUUCUGAGCCUUUCCCACUCUUCUCUCCGGAGGCCAUCAGUCAAAUGCGAAAGGAAGUCUUGAGCGAAAAUGUGUGGGCUGAACACAAAUUCUCCAGCAAUAUCGCACAAUGCCAGCUGCGGGGAUUUGCCCCCAAGUUUGCCCCCUUUGUGUAUGAUGCUUGGAAAGACCCAAGGACUCUGGAAGUGGUUUCAAAGAUCGCCGGAAUUGACCUCCUUCCAGUGAUGGACUGGGAGAUUGGACAUAUCAACAUUUCUAUCAAGUCUGAAAAGGAAGCAAAGCAGGCUAUGGUUAAUGCAGCUAAGAAAACCAAGAAUGGAGAGGAAGAAGAGGAAAUGCCGAUUGUUGAUUGGCAUACUGAUAGCUACCCUUUCGUUUGUGUUCUCAUGUUGAGCGACUGCACUCAUAUGAUAGGGGGAGAAACAGCUCUUCGCAAAGGUGAUAGGAGCAUCCUGAAGGUCCGUGGCCCACAGAUGGGCUGUGCUGUUGUUCUUCAGGGGAGGUAUAUUGAACAUGUCGCGUUACGUGCACUAGGAACCACUGAGCGUAUCACAAUGGUGACAUCUUUCCGUCCAAGAUGCCCCAUUUUGCCAGAUGAUAGUGUCCUCACAACAGUGAGGGCUGUCUCUGACCUAUCCGAGCUCUAUUUUCAAUUUAGCGAAUAUAGGCUUGAGAUGCUGGAGGAAAGGAUUCGCGCUAAAUUGAAGGAGAUGCGUGCAAAGAAACGAGCCCAUAGACCAUUUGACACUCACGAUUUGAAGCAGUUCUUGUUGGUGCAGGAGGCCUUCUUGGCACAUACUAACAUGGAAAUGGUGGAUGACGAUAAAGUGACCAAGGGCUUUACCGAUGACAGCCAUCUGCUUUCAGAGGACCUCAAAGAACGAUCAAGAAAACGGGCCCGCACUAUGGUCAAAUAG